AUGCAACAAACUACUCUAGAUCAGAAGUCCGAAACGAUGCCGCUCACUGUUCUGAGCGAUCAUGACGUUAGCYGCAUACUCCACUCCUUGGACAAGCAGGACAUCGAAGCACUGCAGGAGAGCCUAGCGGAUGCGCUACACUGGUAUUCAUCCUCCAGUGAUGCAGUUGAYUGCUGCAGCGACUUCCAGCCUGAAAGAACACAUCUAAAGCGGAAAGAUGGCUCGACUACGCUUUUUAUGCCUGCCUCGGGCAUUACUGGUCAAGGCGUCAAGGUGGUCAAUAUAGUUCCUCCAGAUACAGCCGGACUCCCCACUAUUGCGGACAGUCAGAGUUUGAGCUCCGGGGACUCUCGCAGUUCGAUCAGUUCGCAGUCUCGACAAGACUCUCUGGCGUCAAUAGAGACAUCGUCAUCUGCUGUGCCAGCAUCUGUGUCCGAUGCGUCUGGGGGUCUCAGCAAGAUGGGGAUUGCAUCAGGAUCAGUAUCGACCAUUCGAGGCUCAUUGACUCUUCUUGAUAACCUUGGAAACACCACAGGUCUCAUAAACGCAGAAGAAGUCACGGCUUUCCGGACAGCGCUGGCGUCGACAAUGCUUCUCAAAAAGCGCCACUCUGUACACGAUGUCACUGUAUUUGGCGCUGGUAAGCAGGCAUACUGGCACAUUCGACUUGCGCUACUGCUUCGAGGCCCCGAGAUUCACCACCUCAAUAUCGUCACGCGAAACUUUGAGAGCGCACGGAAGUGCAUCAGCCGUCUUUACAACCCUCAGCCAGACGAUCCGGACUAUGUCAAUACCAUCGGAAGUGGCUUCAACAGCAAAACGAAGAAAGAGAUCCUCACGCCGUCACACACGGAGUACCAGAGACUUCUAAAGCAAUACGUUCGAGCAAGCAAUGUGAUCUUCUGCUGUACUCCAUCCACAACUCCUCUUUUCCCCGGCACAUAUCUCACAAACCCCGAGGGACGUAAGAAGGGCAGGUACAUCGCGCUGGUAGGAAGCUACAAGCCAAACAUGAUAGAGCUCCAUCCAGACAUCGUGCGGUAUGCUGUUGCACCACAUCACGAGCACAAGCACAUCCAUAAACGGCAGAAAGAAGGCGGCGCGAUCAUCGUCGACACCGUCUCGGGCUGUUUGAAAGAAGCGGGUGAGGUCAUUCAAGCUAAGCUGGCACCCGAUCAAGUCGUCGAGCUGGGUGAACUUUUCAUGCUGAAACGAGAUGCUGAGAAGCGGAUGAAGGAUAGAGGCGAGCAGGAAAUGGAGAGCGGAUGCAAGUUGCAGGAGAAUUCUGGUUUGAGGGAGUGGCUGGACAAGGGAAAUGUCAUUUACAAGUCAGUUGGGUUGGGGUUGAUGGAUGUGACAGUGGGCAACGCACUCAUCAAGUUGGCACGUGAGAGGGGCGUUGGAACGACCAUUGAGCACUUCUGA